UCUCCCUCUCUCUACAGAACUACUCAUAAUACUCUCUGCAAGUAAAAAUGGCUAAGGUUCUGAGUGUGUUGGUGGCAGUACUGUUCAUUGUAUGCAGUAGUAGUUUAUUAGUUAACGUAUCAUGUCAAGAUGAAGGUGAUUAUGGUGAAGCAGGUAGAGGUGGAACUGGGAAAGAACUAGUACCAGCUUUCUUCAUAUUUGGAGACUCUCUGAUUGAUAAUGGGAAUAACAAUAACUUGCCUUCAUUUGCUAAGGCUAAUUAUUUUCCGUAUGGUAUUGAUUUUAAUGGAGGUCCUACUGGUAGAUUUUCUAAUGGUUUAACCAUGGUUGAUGUCAUCGCUCAACAAUUGGGCCUACCGUUGAUUCCUUCGUUCUCACAAGCUUCACCUGACCAAGCACUUCAUGGUGUCAACUACGCUUCUGCUGCUGCUGGAAUCCUUGACAUAACCGGCCGUAACUUUGUCAGCCGAAUACCAUUCGAUCAACAGAUCCGUAACUUUCAGACCACGCUCGAUCAAAUCACAGAUAAUCUUGGAGCAGAUGAUGUUGCAACUGCUAUUGCCAAAUGCUUGUUUUUUGUGGGAAUGGGGAGUAAUGACUAUCUUAACAACUACCUUCUUCCUAAUUACGCAACUAGUCGGCAGUACAAUGCUCAGCAAUAUGCUACUUUCUUGGUUCAACAAUAUACUCGGCAGUUAACCACCCUUUACAAUCUCGGAGCUAGAAGAUUCAUAAUCUCCGGAGUAGGAUCAUUGGGUUGUAUUCCAAGUAUUCUUGCUCAAGGCGAUGGUGAAGGAUGUUCCGAUUCAGUGAAUCAGUUAAUUAUUCCUUUCAAUACAAAUGUCAAGACAAUGAUGAACAGACUCAACGCAAAUCUUCCUGGUGCUAAGUUUAUAUACCUCGACAUUUACAAGAUGUUCCAGAAUAUCUUGACUAACCCUAGAGCUUAUGGUUUUACUGAGGUGAACAAAGGGUGUUGUGGAAUUGGGCGUAACAAAGGGCAGAUAACAUGUUUACCAUUUCAAACACCAUGUGCCAACAGAAAGCAGUAUGUGUUCUGGGAUGCAUUUCAUCCAACUGAGGCUGUCAACAUAAUUCUUGGGAAACAAGCUUUCAGUGGCAAAAAUGAUGUUGUUUAUCCUCUCAACAUUCAACAACUUGCUGCUCUUGAUCUUGAUCAGCCCUAAUUAUUAGCAGCUCCUCUAUAUAGAUAUGUUGUCACACUCUUUCUUGAAAUUAGUGGUAACCUUAAUAUGAAUGUGGCCGGGUCGGCGUACUGAUGCACUAUUUUAUACUUUAAAGAAUAUAUUAUCCUUUUGAUGCGGUUCUAAUUAAUACUCCGUUCGUACCACAUAUAUAGGCAUGAGUGACCAAUUCUAUUA